AGAUAGAGAACGCGUAUUGUGCGAGCUACACACAACACACCGACAACUUACGGCGGAUCGGCCCGCCGCGUGCGUGGAGCUGGCGCAGGCACCAAUCAAUAUGGCCUCCAACCGCUAGUCGCCGCUGCCGCUGCUGUAGCGAGGAGAGCUACACGCGCAGCCGAGUAGCGCAUAUUAUAUACUUUAGCCAUAGACUGGCAGGCCGCGAACGGCGUCCGGGUCGUCGACGUCGUCGUCUGUUUUGCCUGGCCGCCCAUUCAUUAUUUAUUUAUAUUUAUUUUUUUGGCCACGAAGCAUACCUUCGAUGCGAUGGUACUUUUGGUGUACGGGUGAAGUUAUCCACUACCCCUUCGUGAGAAGCGUCACGGUCUUAGCUUAACCUACAACCAACACACUUGGCGUAGAGAAGAUCAGGGGGCGGUUUUCUUCUCGGAACGACGAGGAACAUGCUGACGAUUUUGGUUGAUGGAAUAAGUUGAUUAUAACAUAGACUGACAAGUUAUUUCAUCAUGCCCAAGUUAGAUUGUGUAGAGGCUAACACAGUAGUAGUAAAUCAGGGGGAUACAGAUGAUGAAGAUGUUUCUCCAAAAGAUACAAUAAGUAUCCAGCAGAUUUUAGAUUGCAUGACUAAUGAGUUUAAUAAAACAGGUACCAAAAAAGGUACAGAUUCAUCAAGAAAGGUAAACAGAACUGAGCAAGCUGUACGUAAGGUUGAAAAGGUGCAAGUGAGAGAAGAAAGCCCCAAAGCUAAAAGAAUACCAAAAGUUACCAAUCAAAUCAUUGAAGAAGAAAUCAAAAUAAUUAAGGAAAACAUACCAGAAAAGAAAGUUGAGAAAGCUCCAAGUGAAGAAGAAACAGUCAAAGUGGAUGAUGUUACCAAAAAAGAUGAAAAACAACAAAGAAUAGUAUUGACAUUUAGGACUAUUGAUGAAAAUACUGAUCAUGGUAAAAAGACAAAAAUUUGCACAUCGACUCUAGUACCGGAUGAAUUAGCCAACUGUGACACAAUCCGUGGUGUGUCUGUAAAAGUAGAAGGCUAUGAUGAUGCACGCAAUGAUAUAAAUAAGUCAGAUUCAGAAGAUUGUUCUAAGCAAACUGUAGCUUCAGAUACAGAAUUGUUAAAUAAAGAAGAAAAGAAAGAGCAAGAGGAAAAUAAAAAUCAUUUAGAGAAAGACUCAAUAGUUGAAGAGACUCAAUCAGUUUCUGACAUGAAUCCUGUUAGCAUGACAAAUGGUGAUGCAUCACUUGAAGAGAAGUCUGUAGAAGUAGAAAAUACAUCUUCUACCACUAAGAGAAAGCAAAAGCAACUUAAAGAAUCAAGUGAAACUGAAGAACCAAGCUUGAAACGUUCUGCAAGAAGACUAUCAAAGGAAACAUCAAAAAGUACAGUAUUAGAGAGUGCAAUGGCAAGGAAAGAGAGGUCAAAUUAUACAGAAGAAAGUACCAAGAGAAGAUACACUAAACCCGGCAGACCAAGAAAAAUAUCUGUUGAGAAAAGAGAUUCUAAUUCAAAAGCUCUAGAAAAAGCAGAAUCUCUGGAUAAGACUCACUCUUUUUCAAAAGCUGCAGAUAAAAUAGAUUCCAUUCCACAAUUAAAACCUUUGGAUCCUUCAAAAUGGAAUACUGAUAAAAUCAUGGCUCUGCCUAAGUUGAGUCCAUUAGAUCCUACAAAAUGGGCUGUAGAUAAGAAAGAUUUACCAAAACUAAGUCCAUUAAAACCUCAAAAGGAAGUGGUUACAGUAGAUAAUGAAAAGAAUGGUCUUGAUGCUGUCAGUCUUCAAAAAUUAAACAAAUAUGAGGGAAUGCCUAAGUUAACGCCUAUAGUAAAAACUGCUGAAAUCCUAAGCCAGUUCAGUGAAGUAACAAUUCAUAACAUUUCGUCUUCAAAUGCAAAAAAUAGAUCAUUAUUGAAAAGAUCAAAUGAAGCUUUUCUAAAGCCCACAUUAAAAAUAAAAAAACGAGAAAAACCGCGACCUGUGACAGUGAGCAACGAUGCAAAAGCACAUUCUACAGAAGCAACUCUUUCUGCAACAGAAUCUGAAAAUUCAAUGGAAGAUGUUAUACUAGAAGAAGAAUCAAUACAACCAAAACGAACGCGUAGAAAUAUGGUUCCUAGUCCAAGUACAGCUGAAGGGCAAGCGUCCACGCCAGAAUCGACGGCUAUUUUAAAUAACAGAGGUCGCGAGAAACCAGCCAAUAACAAGCAUUCCGAAUCCAUGCAAUGCUUGUGUGAAGUGCGCUCUCAGUUGUAUGUGACAAUCACCAGUGCCGAAUCACCGUUGUACUGCACCGCCCAAGACUCGAUUGAUAACAAAAAUGUUGUUUGCGGCAACGAGGUCGACCACGACGAUGUGGCGAUGAGACGGCCGAGCACGAAUAUCCCUUAUAUUAUACUAUGUCGCACUCACAAGGAAAGACUCACGAGGCAUAACUGCUGUCCGACCUGUGGACUAUUUUGUUCCCAGGGUAAAUUCGUGCACUGCUCCAACGGGCAUCAGUAUCAUCGUAAUUGCGAAUUGCUUUACAACGACAAGCCACUUUGCCCGCAUUGCGGCAGUUAUGGCAUUUCGUACGAUGUUUUUAUUACCAUGACGGGCAAACGUAAACCCAUGACUCUAGCAUCACGUAAACAAGUACCAAAGGAACCAGCGGCAAAGAUCACUUUACCGGGUGUAGGUGAUAAUGCUAAGCUUGCCGAACAACAACCAAUUCGGAAAAAGUCUGUUGGGCCGUUGAUAGAUCCAGCAAUCAUCAAGAUUCCUGAGACUGUUGUAGGUGAAAAAAUUGAGCGGUACACGGUUAUGAGCUUGUACAAUGCUGUUAAGAGUGGCGACGUUCAGAAGUUGGUCAACGUUUUAGCGUGUGGUUAUAAUGCUAAUCACGUGUUUCGUGAUCAGGGGCACAAAACUGGGCUACAUCUGGCAUCGGACAAGGGUCACGUAGCGUGUGUGCACGUUUUAGUGCAAGCUGGUGCACAAAUAGAUGUACUUGAUAGAAAUCAGUUGUCGCCGUUGAUGUUAGCCGCGAACAACGGAGAGGCAGAAGUUGUCAGGUAUUUAAUGAGAACCGGUGCUGACGAGGCUUUAAAAGGCGAAGAUGGUAUGACGGCUUUGCAUAUGGCUGCUAAAUCUGGACACUUGGAAGUUUGUAAAAUUAUUUUGGAAGAGUGUAAAGUACCGCGAACGUUAGUCGAUUCAACAGACGAUGGUGGAUGGACGAGCUUGAUUUGGGCUUGCGAGUUCAAACACGUCGAGGUAGUCCGGUUUUUGUUGAAUAGCAAAUGUGAUCCACUUAUAAGAGAUGCCGAGCAGAAUAUUUCUCUACAUUGGAGUGCAUUUAGUGGUAGCUCCGAAAUAACUGAGAUGCUUCUCAAUGCAGGCUGUGAUCCGAGCACUGUCAACGUUCAUGGCGAUACACCCCUGCACAUAGCAUCUAGAAAAGAUCAGUACGAUGUUUGCGUUCUACUAUUGUCAAGAGGGGCAAGAGUUCGCGAAAUGAAUAUUAUGGGAGAAACAGCGAUAGACUGUUGUGGUGGAACCGGAGAUACCUUGAAUGCUCUUCAGCUGAAUUUUAAAGUUAACCAGAACGCUGAUAAUUUAUCAGAGAAAACCACCAGGAUAUUAACAAAUGACAUUUCUCGAGGGAAAGAAACGAAUCCUGUUCAGUGCGUCAAUGGCUUUGAUUUGGAAGAUAAGCCAACUGAUUUCGUUUACGUAACGGAAAGCUGCUUUACUAGUCGCAUUAACAUCGAUCGAACAAUAACAUCGUUGCAAUCGUGUCGGUGUGAGGAUAAUUGCAGUUCUGAUAAGUGUCUUUGUGCCAAUAUUAGUCUGCGUUGCUGGUACGACGAAGAAGGAAAACUGGUACCAGAAUUCAAUUAUGCAGACCCUCCGAUGUUGUUUGAAUGUAAUCCAGCUUGUGAUUGCAACAAAAUAACAUGCAACAAUCGAGUUGUUCAGCAUGGGUUGACGCAACGAUUUCAGCUCUUCAGAACUGAAGGAAAGGGUUGGGGCUUGAGAACUCUCCGACAUAUUCCAAAAGGCUCAUACGUCUGUGAAUAUGUUGGUGAAAUUAUCUCAGAUUCUGAAGCGGAUCAGAGAGAAGAUGAUUCUUACCUAUUUGACUUAGACAAUAGGGAUGGAGAGACUUAUUGUAUUGACGCUCGACGUUACGGAAAUUUAGCUCGUUUUAUCAAUCAUUCUUGUGCUCCAAAUUUAUUACCUGUGAGGAUAUAUAUUGAGCAUCAGGAUCUCCAUUUUCCAAGAAUAGCAUUUUUCGCUAACAGAGAUAUUGAAGCAGAUGAAGAAUUAGGAUUUGAUUAUGGGGAAAAAUUCUGGAUCAUUAAAUGUAAAUCAUUCACUUGCACUUGUGGCGCUGAGCAUUGUAAAUAUUCUGAUACUACCAUUCAAAUUACGUUAGAUAAUUACCGCAAAAAAGUACAACGUGAAGAGUUAUUAACGCAUCUAACAGCGAUAACAGUCACUAACAGUUGCUAAAGAGUUCAAACUCCAAUGUCGUGAAUAAUUUAAAUUCUAUGCUGUGUUCAAAUUAUGUUUCAAAAUAAUAGACUGUCUUGUUCUUGCGCUCAGUUCGAGUUGGUUAAUGUACACUUUUACUAAAACAAGAAAGUAAGAGCGUUGAACAUUAUAGCAGUACAAAUCGUGAUAAUAUACUAUUUCAGUUAUGUGUUCAACUGUACUUCAUACUAAGGCUGAUACCAUUAUCAAUACAAUGUUUUCACUGAAUCGACACUUCAGAACGUAAUUUGUAGUUUAACAUAACAGAUGAAUUGCAUUUUAUAAUAAAAAAACUGUUAGUAUGUUUUACAGAUUUGAAAUUUUGUAGGUGUAACUAUUAAAAAUUUUAUACGCACUUUCUUUAAACACUAAACGCUGCAACACGGUAUGAUAACGAUUUUUGAUAAGUGGACAAAUGUGUGUAAUAGUUUUGAAGAGAAUGCGCUGCCAUUGAGACGAUUUAAUUUUUUAUGUAAUUUUUUUUUCUUGAUAAUAGCAUCUUGUGCUACUUGAAAAAAUUUGUAUAUAGUAUUAUACCUAUGUUAUAACUAUAGCAUGAAUUUUGCAACAUUAUGUUCAUAUUUUAAUGAAAAUCGAAUUGUAUUCAUAGUAAAAUAUAGUCAAAUGACUAGUACUAAAAAAUGACUAAACUUUAGUCUGUAUACAAAUAAACUGUACAUUUCACAAUUAUCUUUAAAUUGCUCCAUAAUUUUCACGAAGUGAAAAUUGUAAAUGUUAGUUUGUAUAAAAUGUAGGAUUUGUUUGAAGUUCUGAGCUGUAUUCUCAGUAGGCACUCAUCAAAUUAAUUUGAUAUUUUACUUUCAUUAUGCAUAAAAAAGAAUAGAUAGGCAAAGUAUGUAAUUUCUAAUAGUUCUUAACAAUCAAGCAAUCAAUUAAUAUAUCACAUCACGUUAUUAAAUUUUAUUAAAUUUUUAAACAUUUUAUGUGUCCUAUUUAAAGUAGAACUGUGAAGUGUGCGUUGCGAGUUAUGUCUGCGGUAUUGUUUAUGCGCUUGAUUUAAAAAAGAAAUGAUAAAUUAAAGCAAAUUUUUUUGCAAGUAUUGAUUUAUAAAAUAUUUUGCUGAUUCGACAAUCUUAUUUUGUGCAAAGCUAAUUUGUACAAUUAAAAUUAAAUCUAUAUCUCUUUAACAAUAAAUA